CACCAAUGUAAUUUCUCCUUAUUUUGGCGGCUGUGGGGGAAAACAUGGCGGAACAUUUGAAAGCCUGCAGCGUGCCCUGGAAGAUGUCCUGGGACGAGCUGGAGGCCCUGUGCCGCAGAGAGAGGCUCUACUGCCGGCAGCUCGGGGUGAAGAGGGCCAAUGUCAACGAGUUUGAUGUGGAGUUCCUCUGCAACUACAAGAGGACGAAGGAGGAGGAAUUCUACCUGGUAAAGUGGAAGGGCUUCCCAGAGUCUGAUAACACCUGGGAACCCAAGAGGAACCUUAAAUGCCCCAAACUGAUGAAGCAGUUCCACUUGGACCUAGAUCAGGAGCUGAGGCGCCACAAGAGACGCGGCACCCCUAAAAAACUGGAUUUGGACGUUGCCACAUUCCUCGUCCAAAAAGCCAAAGUCCGUAAGCGUCUGCAGCGGUGGGAGGGCCAUCUGAACCACAAGCGCAACCACCCAGGUCGCAUUUUUGUCAUGAAUGAAGUGGACCUCGAGGGCCCCCCAAAAAACUUCACCUACAUCAACAACUACAAAGUAGGCCAGGGCAUCGUGUUGGAUGAGAUGGCUGUGGGCUGCGAGUGUAAGAACUGUUUGAAGGAGCCCGUAAACGGGUGCUGUCCUGGGGCCUCCCUGCACCGCAUGGCCUACAACGACAAGGGACAGGUCCGGGUCCGGGCGGGACAGCCCAUAUACGAGUGUAACUCCAAUUGCAGCUGCAGAUCUGACUGUCCUAACAGGGUGGUGCAGAAGGGCAUCCAGUUCGACUUGUGCAUCUUUAAAACGGAGAACGGCCGGGGGUGGGGCGUCCGCACACUGCAGCGCAUCAAGAAGAACACGUUCAUCAUGGAGUACGUGGGAGAGAUCAUCACAACAGAUGAAGCGGAGAGGAGGGGUCAUGUGUACGACCGCCAGGGCUCCACAUACCUGUUUGACCUGGACUAUGUGGAGGACGUGUACACGGUGGACGCUGCUCACCAAGGCAACGUCUCCCACUUUGUGAACCACAGUUGUAACCCCAACCUGCAAGUAUUUAAUGUGUUCAUCGACAACAUUGAUGAGAGGCUCCCAAGAAUUGCUUUAUUUUCAACGCGGGCUAUUCGGGCCGGAGAGGAGCUCACUUUUGACUACAAGAUGCAAAUUGACCCGGUGGACACAGAAAGCACCAAAAUGGACUCCAGUUUCAAUGUGGCGGGUCUGCCCAGCUCUCCGAAGAAGAGGAUCCGAGUGGAGUGUCGGUGUGGAUCGGACUUGUGUCGGAAAUACCUGUUCUGACAAAAGACCAUCUGGGUCAAGAUGGACAAAAUUGUACAGAUUUGUAUAUUACUUUUUAAAUUUUCUUUUUGUUUUACGGAAGCUGGAUUGUAUAGAUUUGUUUAUGACUUUUUUUAUUUUGUUUUUUUACGAAAGCUGAAAUUCACCAUUUCCUUUUUAAAUGUGACAAACCCUUCCUCGGUGAGAACCACACUCCAGAUGAUCUACUUGAACAGGAGCCUGUUUCCAGUGAGUUGAGCUGCAUCAGUGGAUCGUUUGAGUGAUUUUAAACCUCUUUCAGUGAGCAUGUCCCUUUUCUCUGCAUUAGGAACAAUAACGUGACACGACUAUUUGCCCAAGCCUUUCAUCACUGUUAAAUGAUAAUCCCACUUUAUUAUUUUCCCAUAAUUUGUACCAGUGAAAACAUGACUCUCUGAGUGUAGAAUGUGAGACACAACUCCAGCUUCGUCCAACUCAUUAUUCAAGGGACAUAAAGGUGAAGAGAGAAACAGACCCACUUCCUGCUUCAGCUCUGACCGGCUCUGCUUACAACGAGGAGUUGGUAGCAUAUUAUCCCUCCAUUCUCCAACUAGUCUGGUCUCUCUUCACCUCUUUGGAUUAUUUCUGUGCUCACAGAUCUCCGUUAUUAUCUUGGGCAGUGCCAUAACCAGUAGACAUGAUAGACAAAAGUAUGUAAAUUACAUCCACGUGUGGAUGUUUUCAAACUGCAUAGUUUUAAUGGUCCAUUUCACCCUGUCUUGGUGUGUGGAAGUGGACCCAGCUCAGAGGACAUUGAAUCAGUAAUUGUCAAACUGAAAUGACCAAACAUCCGUACCAACAGUUACUAAAAUACUGUGUCUGAAAAGCAUUACCAUAAUACACAAUGUAUAUCCCCAAUCGUUCCCAUGACAACUGAUGAGAGGCUCCUAGUCCACCGGUAAGUUGGUGUGCAGGUCACCAGGGAAAGGUCCGAACAUAUGUUAGUGAAUAUGGUAAAUAUGAAUAUGUGUUCUAUUUGCGUUCCUCUGUACAGUAUCUGUGUUGUGGUCAGGUGAGUCUUUUACAGUGUUUAUAUUUAAACGCUGUCGGUGUUAGUACUUCUGUGCAUGCCUUUUUAUAGGUGAACAUAAACAAUGUAAAUAAAUGUAUUGAAGAUAA